AUGCUUGUGUUGGAUAAAGGAAGCAAUUCGCAGAAUGUGGCACACCAGAAUCAAGCUAUACCGAACAGAGACGGAGAUCACAAAAACAUAGGCUGGAGGCGAAAGAGCGAGAAAGAAGACGGCGAGGAAGAAGACGAAGAUCUGUACGAUCGCGUGCAUGAAUCAUCUACGCCUACAUCUAUCGAAGAUAUGGGGAAGCCGCGUGAUCUGAACAAAGACCGCGACGCUAUUAAAGUGGACCCAAGCCGACCUGCAGAGACUACUGGACAAUCGGAAGCUGCAAACAAGAAUACGGGCUUACUGAUACCUAGAAAUGGCGACUCGAGUCAAAAAAUAAAUGAAAUGAAUGCAAGAGCCAAGAAAAUAGAUGACAGACCAUUGAUAAAAGAGCAACGGUCAGUAAACAGCAAAGACAAAGAAGGCACCUCGGAGUCCGAUAAAAAACAAGUCAUAUUAAACCAGCAGAUGAUAAAUGAUCUGAAAGCUAUAAAAAGAAAGAGCAUUGAAAUCGAAAAACAAUAUCAUGAUCAAGAGCAAGAAGAGUUACUAGACCUUAUUGCCGACGAAAAUACCAAAUUGGUACACACAGAUUCGUAUAUUCAAAGUAUUCAUGAAGAUGACGAUGAAUUCAAAAUUAAUCAAAAUAAUGACACCUUGGAUCAAGACCAUGUAACCGACCUACCAGAAACUAAUCAUAGCAUGGGAUCUCCAAACGUAAAUGAUGAACGCCAUAGCAAAACUGGAAAGAUAACUAAUAGAGUAACCUCAUCAGGAAGCAAGCAACACGAGGUACCGACAAGGCGAAGUAGCAUUCUACUAAAUACUUCAACUUCAAGAAGAUCAUCAUCAAGAAGAAGUACAUUAGAUUCAAUUCAUAUUCCCAACCUAAAAAUUCAAUCAUCUAAUCAUUCCCAAAUACACCCAAUUGUAACAAGUACAAGCUCUCAUAGAAAUUCCAAGGCAAGCCACUCAUUGACCCUUAAUGAUGUGCAUAAGUAUACCAAUCAUUCAAUUAUCUCUUUGCCAACUCAUUUACACAAGCAUGUGCAACAGAAUAGUCCUGCUGCAAAAACUGGUGCUAAUCAUUCACCAAUUCAAAGUAAUACAUUAACAUCAGUAUCAACAACUUCACUCCCCCCAUUGCCUGCUGUCAAUACUACAAGAAAUUAUGAGAACAAUGAUGCUAGAAAUAGCUCGAAUGAUGGGGGUAUGUUGAAAAGGUCACAAUCAGCAACAGUAGAAAUUCAGAAAAUGAGGGAACUCUUAUUACAGAAACGUGAAAUGAAAAGGAAGAGGCGUUCGGUUAUUGUUGAUGACGAUAGAGUCCUGAUUGGUAAUAAAGUCAGUGAAGGGCACGUUAAUUUCAUAAUCGCAUAUAAUAUGUUGACUGGUAUACGUGUGGCUGUCUCUAGAUGUUCUGGUAUAAUGAAGCCUUUAACACCAAAGGACUUUAAAUUUAAGAAGAAACUCGCGUUUGAUUAUCAUGGCAACGAACUAACCCCAUCAUCACAGUAUGCUUUCAAAUUCAAAGAUUAUUGUCCCGAAGUAUUUAGAGAGUUAAGGGCUCUAUUUGGAUUAGAUUCAGCAGACUAUUUAGUUUCGUUGACUUCCAAAUAUAUUUUGAGUGAACUAAACUCGCCCGGGAAAAGUGGGUCAUUUUUCUAUUUCUCAAGAGAUUAUAAAUAUAUUAUUAAAACCAUACACCACUCAGAGCAUAUACACUUGAGAAAGCACAUACAAGAAUACUACAACCAUGUCAAAACUAAUCCAGAUACGUUGAUUUGUCAGUUUUAUGGUCUUCACAGAGUAAAAAUGCCAAUUUCAUUUCAAAAUAAGAUUAAGCAUAGGAGAAUAUAUUUCCUAGUUAUGAAUAACUUGUUACCACCUCAUUUAGAUAUGCAUGUGACUUUUGAUUUAAAGGGUUCGACCUGGGGUCGUAGGACAAAUGUUGACGAGAAACGGAUGGAGGAAGAUCCCAUGUAUCGCCCUGUGUUAAAGGACCUGAAUUGGUUAGAGGCCAAUCAAAAAAUUAUGUUUGGUCCAUUAAAAAGCAAGAAGUUUCUGGUUCAACUAAAGAAAGAUGUUGAGCUACUGGCCAAAUUAAAUACUAUGGAUUACUCAUUGUUGUUGGGUAUUCAUGAUAUGGAACGUGCAAGUAUAGAGGCAGGUGUUGCAGAUCCAGAAGAACAAUUAGUGACUUCUGCUGCUAUAUUGGACAAGUUGGGAUACAAGCAAAACACUUUGGUGCCACAUUUUUUCAAGCAAAAUGACGGAGGUAUCAGAGCAUCAGAUCAAUUUAACAACGACCUAAAAAUUAUCUAUUUCGUUGGUAUCAUUGAUUGUUUAACGAACUACUCAUUAAUUAAGAAGCUAGAAACAUUCUGGAGGGGACUCAGCCAUGACCUUAGUGUGGUGAGUGCCAUUCCUCCACGAGACUAUGCACACAGGUUUUAUGAGUUCAUAGAAGAAUCUAUUGAACCUACUCCUUCCACCAGGUAUACGGAUAAUCCUAAUCAAACUAGAUACAGAGAUUAG